UCCACUCCAAGUUACUUCCAGUGAUGGACCGCUGGAAAACCUGAUACAGUGUCUGGACGUCCUUAGAAGUGCCCAGCCUUUUCUACAUGAAGGCGAUCAGACCUUCGAGUCAGACCUUUCAUAACCAGACUAUUAUGCGAGCCACACCACCAGUCUGCCAAAGGAGCUAGAUUCCUGAAACUUUAAAAAUUCAACCCCUCCUCUUGCUCGCACUCCGCACAACAGCCAGACUACAGUGAGGAGCGAUGUGGCUCGCCUGUUCAGCACAAUCUUCCUUAAUGUAAGAUCUCGGAUUUUUUGGUCAAUGCAGUUAUUUGAUACUUGGCUGCAAGACCUAUUUGAUCACACGUUCUGCAAAAUUUGCAUGAUGAAAUAUAUCGUUCGCUUUUGACUUAAUACCAGUUUAAAUUAAUUAGGCUGGAAUAUUAGGCUUUAUUCGUUCUGAGGUUAAUUCUAUACAGCUGAGAGCAAAGAUGAGGGCAUGUGACUUUUACGUUGUAAUUUAUGUAUGCACGCACCUAUGUUUCUGGAGUUGCACUUUGCAACCCGUUGACACUCAGCAGCAGCCGGAGACAAAUUCGGGCAAUACUCCACAAGCAGCCAAUACCCAGCAAGCAGGCGACUUCAGACAGAAGAUCCAAUGGGAGUACAACGGGAAAGUUUUUAGUUUAUUAAGCCAUGGAUCCGAAUACCAGCCACCAAGGCAAAGAACCGGUGGCAGAAACCAGACGCAAACGAGACCAAUUAUCAUCAUAAGCAAUGGGACAUCUGGAGAACCAAACGUCAACCCUUCUUCGGCGCAAAAUCCACACCAACCUCAAAGGGCUUCCCGGAGACACCCGUCCAUAGGGACCCUCGCACGGGCCUUCCAUCGCUUUCAGGGGGGACAAAGACGGCAGGCCAGUAGAUCCCAGCAGCGAGAAAGUCAAGGUUCCGAGCUGAAUGAGCGGGUGACACCGAUCGCAAUGCCGGCAUCCGAAAAGGAGCGCAACGGCACCGCCGAUUCGGCUCUGCCGCACCUAAGCAAUCUGAGACCCGACGACGUGAUGGUAGGGGACGAUCCAUACAACCCGUACAAGUCCACAGAUGAAAACAACCCGUAUUAUAACUAUUAUGACAGCUACGAAAGGCCACGAAGCAGACAGAGACAUGGGUAUGGCACAAGGUAUUUCCAGCACGGUCUGCCUGAUCUCGUGCCAGACCCGUAUUAUAUACAAGCUUCCACCUACGUCCAGAGGGUGCCAAUGUACAAUCUCAGAUGUGCCGCUGAGGAAAAUUGUCUGGCAAGCUCUGCCCACAGGUCUGACGUCAGGGAUUACGACACCCGCAUGCUGUUGAGGUUCCCCCAGCGCGUGAAGAACCAGGGCACGUCGGACUUUCUGCCAAACCGGCCACGAUACUCCUGGGAAUGGCACAGCUGCCACCAGCACUACCACAGCAUGGAUGAAUUCAGCCACUACGACCUGCUGGAAGCCAGCUCACAGAGACGUGUGGCAGAGGGGCACAAAGCCAGCUUCUGUCUGGAAGACUCUUCCUGCGAUUAUGGCUAUUACCGUCGCUUUGCUUGCACGUCACACACACAGGGGCUUAGUCCCGGCUGCUACGACACUUACAACGCAGACAUAGACUGCCAGUGGAUCGACAUCACUGACGUCAAACCAGGAAACUACAUCCUCAAGGUCAGUGUGAACCCCAGCUAUCAAGUCCCGGAGUCUGACUACAGCAACAACGUCGUACGGUGUGACAUUCGCUACACCGGCAACUACGCUUAUACAUCAGGAUGUCAUCUGUCCACGUACUAAAAAGGGCAAGAGGAGGCUCCCAGCCAAGGAUCUGCAGAACAAAUUACUGAAAACGCAGCUGUGGACGCCAAAACACCACUUUAUACUGGCCCGGAGACUCCUGUAAUCGUGCCAGUUAGUGUUACAUACCUGCAUACUGGACUAACACUAAUGAAUAGGGACCGUUGUAGCUGAGCGUUUACAAAGCAGGGGUUGUGAACUUAAUUGAACAUGUUUAUUACAUUUUAUAACCUAACAUUACACUUCUAAUCUUCUAUUACUCAAAAUAUUAUAGGAAUCGUAGUUGUAUAUAGAAGGAUUUUUUUGCUGCAAUAUCAAGAACACCAUCUUGUAAUGGGAUGAAAUUAAUCUUCAUGCCACAGAGUUCCUGCUCUUCGGUAAUAACUGACUUUGAGACAAAGUGAUUUUUUCAAAAAUGACCACCUGAGAUUUUCUGCCUAUGAUAAAAUGCUUUCUAUCAUAUUCUCUGGCCACAUCGGCUGAGUGUGAGUAUCGCCCCCGGUUUCUGAACGGAUAAUUGUGGCAAGCAGGAAUAUUCCGGUUUUAUUAUCUUGUCUGUAGACAGCUUGUACAUGGCGAAGCGCCUCUGUGUGAAUCCCGCGACAUUCAAGAAGCCAUGAGAAACAGGGGACUGUAAAUUGAAAUGCAAACGGCCGUUUUGUCUUAAUGCUUAUGUGCAGAAUCGUGGUGCUCCCUUAAGACUUGAAGGUUAUUUAAAUGCAAUUCAUGUUAAGGCUAUGAACUAUAAACACAUUUCUUCCACAUUCUCCUUAUUUGUGUAAUGAUACAAAUGUGAGCAGCAUAUUGUAUCUGUACAUGUUUGUAAGUUAAUUGUAACUAGGUAGCAUUCAUACAGCUUGGCUUUCAUUGCUACAGCACAUUCGUAUCUAAUAUACAAAGUAUUACUUGAAUAAACUAUUAAAACAUUGAAUUGACA